AGGUCAUCCGGCGGUGAGUUCAACACACCGCUAUUUGCGUCGUUUGUUAUGGUGGCCUCGUAGUCGAGCUGACGUGAAAUCAGUUAUUCGAAGCUGUCAUCCUUGUCAAGUGUCAGCUUCUCUUUCGAAUCGUCAGCAUGAAGCCCAUCUAUGGACCCCUUCUGAGCCUUUUGAGGUGCUUGGGCUCGACAUUGUGGGGCCAAUGCUCCCUAGUUCUAAAGGAGAAAGAUGGGUGCUGACAAGUACGGAUUUAUUGAGUCGAUUCACCCUAUUGUUCCCGUUGGCAGAUAUCAGUACUAACACUAUCUGCAGAGUUAUUGAAACACAAGUUCUGUUAAGAUUUGGGACUCCGUCGACAUUCAUAACUGACCAAGGACGGCAGUUCACGUUAUCGCCAAGAUUCGAUGCUCUUUGUUGUUUAUACUCUGCUCAUCAUAUAGUCCUACCCGUGGCUCACGCAGCCUCUGGGGGCUUCUAUGAACGCCAACAUCGGACAUUGGGUGAUUCACUACGUCGACUACUCAGGAGUCAUCAACGUGCUGCCUGGGUUGAUCUAUUAUGUAUUGCUGAAGGACGGCUGAACUCUAUGCCGGAUCCUGAGCUCGGUAUUUCCCCUCAUGAGAUUCUCUUCGGAUUCAAGUUGAAGCUCCCUUUUGAC